AUGGGCACGAUAUGCUGGACGGUCCAGCUCACCCCGCAGAUCUGGAAGAGCUGGCGCACAAAGUCGACGGAGGGCCUCUCGCCGUGGUUGUGUUUUGUGGGGCCCGCCGCGGGGUUCAUGGGCGUCUACGCGAUCGUGCAGGACCUCAACGUCCCGCUCAUCGUGCAGCCGCAGCUCUUCGGCGCGCUCUGCCUCGCGUCGUGGGCGCAGUGCCAGUACUACGGCGCGCCGCGGCGCCCGCGCGCGGUCUGUGUGGCGCUGUACGGCGCGGCACUCGCGGGGCUGGCGGGGUUCCAGGGCGGGAUGGUGUAUGCGGUGCGGGGGGGACGGCGCGCGGUCGAGGCGUUUGGGAUCAUCUCGUCGGUCGUACUCUCGCUUGCGCUCUUCCCGCAGUACUACGAGAUCUACGUGCACCGCGAGGUCGUCGGGCUCUCCGUGCCGUUCAUGGCCGUCGACAUGCUCGGCGGCGUCCUGAGCGACCUCUCGCUCGCGUGGCGGCCCCCGCCGUUCGCCGCGGUCGCCGCGCUCAGCUACUCGCUCGUCGUCCUCUUCGACGGCCUCGUGCUCCUCGCCGCGGCGGUCCUCAACCCGCUCGCCAGGCGCCGCCGCAAGCGGGCCGAGGCUGCCGCGUCCGUCGAGGCGCAGGACGGGCGCGGCGACGUCGACGGCCGGACUCGCGCUCGGGCUGAUGACGCACGCGGAGAUGCAGAUUCGGGGUUGAUGGCUAGUGACUAGCAGAGGCUCGGUGCGCUCGCAUGCUGUGCGGGAUGUACUGGAGGCGGCGGACGGGGACGCGGAGACGCCGCGAUGAUGCAGGGGAUGAAUCCGGUGGAGAGUGUGCGGAACGGGCUCGAGGGGGUGGUGUAGAGCUGAGACAGGCCGCGGUUGGGGAAGACAGAAAGGUACGGUUGAGUCUGAUCAUGGCACGGUCGACGUCGUAUCGCAUACUAGUACUCACGAUGCAUGGCUGAUCUAGUCGCCAGGCCUGAUCUAUUUCGCCCGCUCGGGUACGAAUCCGAUGUAUGAAUGUAUGGGUUGGGUGCGUACUGGACUGCGUAAAGCGUACGAUACUCUGGAAGCUGAACGUUGCACAGUCGUCCGCGCGAAGGAUAUAGAUACUCCCGACCCA